AUGCGAGUAACAAGUCCCAUAAACUCCACGAAAAUUUCAUUUACCCAUCAAGUAACAGCAUCAUUUGCCAUCAAAUUGACCAUAGCUCUCAUUAAACACUUGCUUUUCAUGCGAGGACAAAUACCAUGUCUUUUCUCACAAGUUGAAAAGCUUUCGCAAAGGACUUCUGUAGUUAGAAGUGAUUUGAGUAACGCCCAACAAAAGAAAAUAUUUGAAAGAAAAAUUUCUGACUUGUUAACGAAUUCCCAGAACUUGUUUACCUCAAUUGGAACCACAGUCAAUCACAUCCUUGACAAAAACGACGAUCAAAAGUUUCUCCCCGUUUUAAAUUUCACCAUUAUCCUUGGAAAUACAGCGACAAGUCCCAAAGAAAUAUAUCUCUUGAAAUUCGCGAAUGUUUAUGCCGACCAUGCAUUGGAAUUGAACGAAAAUACUCGCGAGAAGCUUAAACAACACGAAUUGGCAAGCGAACGGAAACUUGCUCGAGAAUUAGUGACAGUACUUAAUGAUGAACCAUUAGCACCAACACGUCUUCACCUUUUAUUCCGAACCUCGCGUAAUAAUCCGCCUCCUGAGCUGAUUCCCAAACAACGUUUCAAAUUAAAGAAUACCAACAAAAUUCCAACCUUCAUUAUUGCAUGUGAAGGAUUGCUAAAUAAUAAUCUGAAGUCAAAAAUAAAGCAUACAAAUAUUGUUCCGAAUGCGAAUAACGAUAUGCCAAAUAAUAACAAAAAAUUAAGCUAUGAGGAUAUGAUAAAAAAUUUCAAUGAAGAAAUCGUCCCGAAAGAAAAAGAUGCUUUAGAUAAAAGUCAGGGAACAAUAAUGUGUGGUGGUACAACUGAUCAUGUUGAAGAUUUGCAAAACAGUCGUCAUCGCCUUCAUCACUACGAUGAUACAAUUAUUCAUAAUGAAAUCAUAGCUAAAGAAAUCAAGUCAACUGAUUCAGCUCACCACAAUAAUAAAAGUCUCACACAAGAAGUUGAAGUUUCUGCUAGCAUAAAAAACAGCGAGUCGAUCAAAAGAGAGUAUUCCGAUGAAUUUACUAUAGAUGAUGAUCGUGAUUCAAAAAGUGAAAAACAAGAUGAACUUAAGCGAGGAGAUUUGACCGCAUUAAAGAAGAUUUAUUCGGAAGAGCUUCCAUUCACAUUGACAAAAGAAAUUCAUGAUGAUAAUCUUAUUUGGUACCGUUGUAAAAAUAUAUUGAUAGGAUUUCCUGCCGCAUAG